AUGACAAAUCUCGAGCAGAAAUCGCAGGUGGUUACUCGUCGGAGGAAGUGGGCCCCCAAGCUUAAGUCUGGGUGUAUGACCUGCAAAAUUCGGAGAGUGAAAUGUGAUGAAGAAAAACCUCAGUGUCGGCGAUGUGUCUCGACAGGUCGGAAAUGUGACGGAUAUGCUCACCUACCUUUUGCGGAAGAGGGACUUAGAUCAUCUCGCAACAAUUAUUCGUCUCGGCAACGACUCGUUCAGCGCGAUGUCAUCGAUCCUGGAAGUUCAUUUCCUUUAUCUGGGAGUCAUACUUCGGACGAAGUAACAAUCCGACAUAUGCAUCAUUCGGAAAAAACUGACGGAUUUCCACUACAUUCAUGCCAAAAUUUCCCCCUGACAUACUCACUGGCCGAAUCAUGGAAUACUCACUUCAUACCAUUCGUCAUAGAUAACUUCAGACUCUCAUUUCAAAUGGCGAAAAGCAUCUACAGUACUUUUCACGAUGUCCUUUCCAAAGCGGAAGAGAAGUCUGCUCUAUAUCAGGCCUGCAAUGCUGUUGCACGUGCGUAUAUGGCCAACAUUUCCCGGACUUCCAAAGCAAGAUCGGAUCGAGCCAAAGCAUACGGAUUUGCGCUUAUGGCCAUCCGUUCGGCUAUCCAGGAUCCAUAUCAAUGCAAGAGCGACAAUACAUUAUUGGCCAUAUGGCUGUUAGGACUAUAUGAGCUCCUCUUAGGCUCACAGAACGGCACUGACCUAGUCGCAACUCCUGGAUGGCACAUCCACAACCAGGUUUUGUCAGAGUUGAUUCGACUGCGUGGCCCGGAGCAAUUUACGACCCGAAAAGGGCGGAAUCUUUUCAUCAUAAUCUUUAGCAACGUUCAAACCCAAGCACUCAUGUCUGGCAAAGGAUGUAAAGAGGCAUCGACAUGGUUUCUUCUGUUCCAUAAAUAUUGCGAACCAUCAGAAUAUGCAAUGCUCCGGGCAUGUAUUUUCUCACACCAUUGUGCUCGCAUCUGCAGCCGUGUUCGCGCACUGGUUGAUACAGCUGAUCUCAACGAGGUGCUCUCCAAUUCUCCGUCCAUCCUCCAAGAUAUGGAAGAAGUAGAGCAAGCAACCCAACCUUUAUCCCACGAGAAGGCGGUGGUAGGCUAUGUGGUGGAUCCCCCAAUGACGCCGUACGCUGGGCCGAAGCACGUAUACCCGUGUUAUGUCGGUGUCAACGUCCUCCAGGGCAACUUCCGCAUGCGUCUAUCAUACGCAGUCUUGGAAUUCUUGGGCUAUGCGUGGGGCUCUGAUGAGCUUCUUGAUCAGAGCAAAGGCGUAGCGGAUGAACUGGGUGCAGACACAGUACAAGCUCUGAUCGAAAAACCGCGCGAGCCAUCCACCCCAGCUGUGAGGGCUUAUCUUGACUUUCAACGGCCAAUGAAUGGAAAAUCCACUUUACUUUUCAAACAUGAGGACUGUGGGAUAUCCAUUCUCCGAUUCGGGUUCGGAGAGACAUGA